UCCUUUACACAUUAUGUAUUUAUACAAUAGUUGUAACAUUUUAUACAGUUUGUUUACUUUCUGAUUCAGCUUCUUGAUGUUUGAACUGUUUGAAAGUAAAAAUCUUGGCUUUUAGUCCAGACUCUGAGGUUUAUUUUGAAAUCAAACAUGUCCAGGAUCAGCUGACACAUCUGAAGUUAAAGGAAAUAAAAAAMAUAAAAGUUGUUUUGCCCCCAGGACCGGGGCCAUGGGGCUGAAGAGGACAGGUCCUGCUGUUCUCCUGUCAGCCACCAGGGGGCAGCACGUCCACCAGGUGUUCACCAGCAGGAGGCAGGUUUAAAGAGGUGGGCGGGGCUUCACGGCCUCUCUCAGCUGUUCUGCUGUUUGUCCGCAGAGCUGGAGCUGCUGAGGAGCUGUCACGUUCUGUUCACACAGAAUGCACUGGUCUCGUCAUCAGACAGAAACGUGUUCAGUGAUGGAAAAACUCCAGUUGAUUUUGUGUUGGUGUGGGAGGAGCCUCAGAGCUCACAGGAAGACAGCUCAGGUGUUAGCCCCGCCCACAGGAUGUGGAGGGAAGAGUUUCUGAACAGACUGAAACAUGUGGGACUCCUGCAGGAGCAGAGGGAAGUCCUUCACCUGAAGACCAGGACCUGCUUCGUCCUCCUCAGCGCUCCGUGGACCGUCCUGUGUUACUACGCUGAAGAGAUCUGUCUCAGGGUCCCUCUGCAGGUGGUCCCUGCUCCUCUGGUUAACUGGUCCGAACAGGUACUGUCCAAACUGUCCCUUCCAAAUCCUCUGUCCCAGGAUGUCCCCAACCCCCCACUGGACUACUACACCUGCCAGUUCAGGACCAGUAAGCUGGACAGGUUUCUGGGGAGUGAAGACAAAGAGACAUUCUUCAAGACAACUCAGAGACACCAGGUGCUGUAUGAGAUCCUGGCCCGAACUCCGUACGGUUCUCUGAAGAAAGGAGAGGUGGGAAUAGACCGGCUAAUUAGUGAGCAGGUCUUCACUGCUGCGUACCCUUUACACGAGGGGGAUUUCAGAUCCGUCCCCCCAGUGGUUCCAGAGUCUUUAGGACUGAGACAGAUCCUGUAUGAAUACUGGGCCAAGUGGUCUCGCUGGARUCGAUACCAACCACUGGACCACAUCAGGGAGUAUUUUGGAGAGAAGAUAGCUCUGUACUUUGCCUGGAUUGGUUUCUACACUGGGUGGCUCCUACCAGCAUCUGUGGUUGGGACUCUGGUCUUCCUGGUGGGUUUUUGGCUCAUAGCCACUGAUGUUCCAGCGAAGGAGGUGUGUGAGAGCAGGAACACAUUCACCAUGUGUCCUCUCUGUAACAACUGCUUCUCCUGGAACUACUCCAGCAUCUGCGUCACGUACAAGGCAGGACUUCUGUUUGACAACGGAGGAACAGUGUUCCUCAGUAUCUUCAUGUCUCUGUGGGCUGUCACCUUCCUGGAGUACUGGAAGAGGACAUGUUCGGCUCUGUCUCAUCGCUGGGACUGCUCUGACUUUCAGGACAUUGAGGAGCGUCCUCGUCCUGAGUUCACGGCCAUGGCACCGAUGACCAUGAAGAACCCGGUCACCGGGAUUGAGGAACCUUACUUUCCUGAGAAGAAACGCUUCAACAGAACCAUCACCGGAUGCAUGGUCAUCAUCAUCAUGGUUACCGUGGUGCUGAUGUUUCUCAUCGCCAUCAUUUUGUAUCGGACCAUCCUCAGCAUCAUCAUCUCCAAGUCUGAGUACAGUUUCCUCAGCUUCUCAGCUGGGAGGAUAGCCAGUCUUUCAGGAUCAGUUCUGAACCUGCUGGUCAUCCUCAUGUUGUCCAGAGUCUACAUCAUGCUGGCCCACAUCCUCACACGCUGGGAGAUGCAUCGAACUCAAACCAAAUACGAAGACAUGUUUAUCCUCAAAGUCUUCAUCUUCCAGUUCGUGAACUUUUACUCCUCUCCGGUCUACAUCGCCUUCUUCAAAGGCAGGUUUAUUGGUUAUCCUGGAAAAUACAACACUCUGUUUGGAGUUCGUAACGAGGACUGUGGGGGAGGAGGCUGUUUGAUGGAACUGGCUCAGGAGAUGCUGGUCAUCAUGGUGGGAAAACAGCUGAUCAACAACAUCCAGGAGUUCAUCCAACCUCUCUGAGGAAAACCCUGAUCCCAGUGGACAAGGAUGUCCUGUCAGGUGACCUGCGGCAGCGAGGGUCCAGAGUCUGUCCACAGCAGAGAGACUCGCCUCCUCCAACCCUGGAGGAGGUCCCAGAAGAAACUGAUCCAACAGGAAGUUCUUGACCUGAAGCUACAGAGGACCUGUCCCAUGCUCCUCAUCAUUAGAAUAUUUUAAAGAAGUAUAAAUUUCAUCUAAACUUGUUCUGAACCUUCAGCAGGUUUUUCUCCAAACUGGAACUUUGAAAGAAACUUUUUAUCAACUCGAGGAACAACUGAUGCAAAAACUGUAUUUUCACAAACUGAUUUUUCUGGAACUCUUGAUGUUUUUCUUCUUUGUAAAAAGCAAAGUGAUCAUUUUCUGUUUUUAUUCUCUUAAAGAGCUGCAAACUUUUUUUUAAAUUUUUUUAAUGUAAUAAAUAUAAUGACUUGUCUAUUGGAAGCUGUAGUAAUGUGCAGUGCUGUAUAUUUGAGCUCACACAGCUUUAAUGUGACCAAAGUAUUAAAAUCAGAUGAAAGGUCAUCCACGGGACUGCCAGGACUUUGCUGACUGCUUAAAAAGUUUGAUGCCUCCAAAAUAUCUAUAAAUAAAACAAACAGAAUCAAGUAAAUAGCUUCUGUGCAAGGCGCCGCCCCCUUUUGGGUAAAAACAAAGCUCCUCCCAUUUUAUGGUCUGCUUGUUUCAGCAGUUACUGAUGUUUCUGCAGGGCAUGGUGUGUAAGAGUAACUGUAAAAAGCAGUGUUUUGUAAAGUACCACAAGGUGAUACUUGAGUAAAAGUACAAGUAUCUUA